AUGGUGAAGCUUAAGAGGCAACUGAUGACUGAGUAUGAGAUGACUGAUCUAGGAAAAUUGUCUUAUUUCCUUGGCAUGGAAUUUGUGUCCUGUGAAAAAGGAAUUUUUCUGCAUCAGAAGAAGUACAUUACAAAUGUACUCAAGAGGUUUAAAAUGCUUGAGUGCAAACUUGUAUCUACACCAGCUGAUAUUACUGUGAAAUUGCAAAAAAAUGCCACUGAUGAAGGUGUUGACUUUACAUUGUUUAGACAGUUGAUUGGCUCACUUAGAUAUGUCUGUCACUCAAGGCCAGACAUAGUUUAUAGUGUUGGAGUAGCAAGUAGAUACAUGGAAGUGCCUAAGAGAACUCACAUGGUGGUUGCAAAGAGAAUACUUAGAUAUCUCAAGGGCACAAUCAAUUGA